CGGGCGGAGCCGGCGGGCGGAGCUCGGCGCGGCUCCGGUAACGGUGCCCAUGGCGGCUGCGGGGCGCGGAGCCGGGGUGCCGUGUGUCCCGCUCCGAGCGCCCCGAGCAGCGAGCACGGGAUGGGCGGUCGGGGCGGCCCCAGCGGUGGGCGCGGGACCGGGGGACAGCGCGCCCGAGCCGGCGGGGCUGGGGCUCGGUGCGCGCCCCGCGGUUGGUGCGGGAUGCGGGGUCGGUGCGCGCCGGGGCCGCGGGGCCGCGGGGAGCGUUGGCACAACGGUGGCGGCGGCCGAGGAGCGGCAGCGGAGCGAUGGAGCGCAGGGUCAGGCACUGCCGCUUCCGCGCCCGGGGGAGCCCCGCCUCGCCCCCCAGGCACAGAGAGGUCGUGGACCACCUCGGAGGGCUGCGCGUCCAAGUGCAGGAGCAUCCGAACCGGCCCGGGCUCAGCGAAGGAGCAGCGAAGAAGAGCAGGUGCAUCUCGGCUCAGGAGGCGGUUGAGAAGGAGGCCCAGAGUGCUAUCAGGAGAGAAAGGGACCAUGAAAGGGGCAGCGGUGACCGCCAGAACGAGGAGAAGGCCCUGGAGCAAACUGGGAAUAAGACCUGGAGAAGAGCUACAGUCCAAACGGAGCGACCCAACGUAACCUAUGAGGCCCGCCCACUGAAGAUGGACAAGAGCGAUGCCCCGGCUGCAUCCUUGUGCGAGCUUGGGAACCCUCCUCAAGAUCAGAACAUUCCGGUCUUGUUUCAGCCCUUAACUCCCAGGUCCCACGUACAGCUCCAAGGCCCUCUGCCCUCGCAGCUGAUGCAUGUGACUCCGGUGCCGGUAAACCAAGUGCCAGUUCAAUUGCAGCCUCUACUGCAGCGGCCAAAGAUUGACACAAGAAACGUUCCCCUCACAGUCCUGCCCUCGGAUUCAGGGAUGCCAGACACUCCAUUCAGCAAGACCAAAAGUGGCCGUGUGAAGCGUCCCAUGAAUGCAUUCAUGGUGUGGGCCCGGAUCCACAGGGGUCCUGUGGCCAAAGCCAACCCAGGUGCCAACAAUGCAGAAAUCAGUAUUCAGCUCGGCCUGGAGUGGAGCAGACUCACUGAAGAGCAGAAGCAGCCAUACUAUGAGGAAGCUAACAAAAUAAAAAUGAGGCACAGGGAGGAAUUUCCUGGUUGGGUUUAUCAGCCGAACAAAAAGAAAUGUUCUCCACCACCUGGCUCUACCGCAUUUCUGGGCACUUCCCAGAGUACCAUGACUACAAAUCCAGCUGGCACCCUUCCCUUCUCAUCACCUACUUGCUCUUUUGUCAACUCCAAUGUUAAGAACAGUAUUGGACAUCCAGUCUGUGAAUCUCCUGCCAUCCACCUGCCAGCUUCUUCCAUCCAACACGCUGGGCCCAUGACUGUUUUCCAGACCACGGCUGCAAGCACCACAUCAGUGGCUGUUGCAGUUCCCACCUUGCCCCUGCGCUCUGGGGUCUCAUCACAGCACUUUGCUGAACCUGCUCAGACAGAAGCUUUUGUGUCACCUGGGCUCAGUUUCUCCCUGAAGAGACCUGCACCCGUUUUCACUGAGAGCUUCAGCAGCAGAAACCCAAGUAACAUCAGCAGCACCAGUGGCAGGUUUUCUGUCUCUAACAGUGAGAUCCCUGGGAUUUCUGGUUUUCCUAGAGGCAUAGCUCUUCCCCAGGCUACCCCUUUUAUUCCUUCACCUGCCUAUGUGUCUGCUCCUGUUGGACAGCCAGCCAAUUUGUUUGGAGGGACUCCUCAGUUUCCAUUUUGCCACCCUUCCUUUAUACCUGGACCUCGCUGUUUCCCCUCAAGCACAUUCCCACUCAGAGCUCCAUUUGGCUACGGGAAUUUCUCCAGCUCAAUGCCUCAGUGCUUUGGCUUUUAUGAAGAGAGGAACCAGAGGCAGGAGGUGAUAUUUUCCACUGUGGAUGAAGACUAUCGUUUCAGGGCAUACUCAGAAGAGAGGCUACAUGAGAACCAGCGUGUCUGCGGGACCCCUGAAAUUGUUCCCUGUCAGAGCACCUGCAGUGAGGAGCGGGUUCUGAGCCCCCUGCCACAGCUGGAUGUGGAAGUGGUAGAGAAGGUUUUGCCAUCCCCCCCAUCUACUCCUUCCAGCAGUUACAUCGUCAAUGUAACUGACAGUGAUGAGGAAGAGGAAGUAAAGUUUUUUCAAGUAUUGUAAUUUUUAAAAUGUAUAAUUAUCCAGAGACAUAUUAUAGAAUGGGAAAUAAAUGUUUUCCUCAACACCA